AUGCUUCCUCUCGGCCUCCUUACAGCGGCGCAGGGCCACCCAAUGCUGGUAGAGCUCAAAAAUGGCGAGACGCUCAAUGGCCAUUUGGUCACUUGUGAUACAUGGAUGAAUCUUACGUUAAAGGAAGUUGUCCAGACAAGCCCGGACGGCGACAAAUUCUACAGAUUACCGGAAGUAUACGUAAAAGGGAACAACAUCAAAUAUCUGAGGGUACCUGACGAGAUUAUUGAUUUAGUCAAGGAGCAACAGCAAGGACAGCAGAACAGUGGAUACCGAGGAGGCCGAGGAGGGCAGAGAGGAGACUAUGGUGGUAGAGGUGGAGACAGAGGACGAGGUGGGAGAGGUGGAGGCCGGGGAAGGGGCAGAGGAAGAGGUUCUUGA